CCCCUGGAUGUGCGGUAUGUUCUCAUUGGAAUCCCAGGACUGGAAGCCCUGCACACCUGGAUCUCCAUCCCCGUCUGCUUCAUGUACAUUGUGGCUAUGGUAGGAAACAUCUUCCUGGUCUUCCUGAUUGUGACUGAGCACACUCUCCAUGAGCCCAUGUAUUUCUUCCUCUCCAUGCUGGCCCUAGCAGAUGUCCUGCUUUCCACAGCCACAGCCCCCAAGAUGCUGGCCAUCUUCUGGUUCCAUUCCACAGAUAUUUCCUUUCGUAGCUGUGUGUCACAGAUGUUCUUCAUACAUUUCACCUUUGUGGCAGAAUCUGCUAUUCUCCUGGCCAUGGCAUUUGACCGCUACGUGGCCAUCUGUUACCCACUGAAAUAUACCACAAUACUCACCUCCACAGUCAUUGGGAAGAUUGGCGUAGCUGCUAUGGUCCGGAGCUUUCUCAUUUGCUGUCCAUUCAUCUUCUUGGUCUAUCGACUCUUAUAUUGUGGGAGAAAAAUCCUUCUUCAUUCCUACUGUGAACACAUGGGCAUUGCCAGGUUAGCAUGUGACAAUAUCAAUAUCAACAUCAUUUAUGGUCUGACGAUGGCCCUACUGUCUACAGGGCUGGACGUAGUGUUCAUUAUUAUGUCCUACACAAUGAUCCUCCAUGCAGUGUUUCAAAUUCCUUCCUGGGCUGCCAGAUUCAAGGCCCUUAACACCUGUGCUUCCCACAUCUGUGUCAUCCUUAUUUUCUAUACUCCAGCGUUCUUUUCAUUUUUUGCCCAUCGCUUUGGAGGUGAAACCAUUCCUCGUCAUAUCCAUAUCUUAGUGGCCAACCUCUAUGUGGUGGUACCCCCUAUGCUCAACCCAAUCAUUUAUGGGGUGAAGACCAAACAGAUUCAAAAUCGAGUGGUUUUGCUUUUCUCCACUCUGAGUACAUGUUGUUAA